CGUCGCCCGAGCGGAGCUGAGCGGAACGGCCCGAGCCCCGCGCCCCCUUUGGCCUCGGCCCCGCGGCAUGGAUGGAUCGCAGCCGGAGCGCGCAGCUGUGAAGCCAUGAAGACGCUCAUCGCCGCCUACGCGGGCGUCCUGCGAGGGACGGGUUCCAGCAUCCUUUCGGCCCUUCAGGAUCUCUCUUGGCUGUCCAAGUCGAAAGUUGAGAAGCAGCUGCAGAUCAUUUCAGUGCUGCAAUGGGUGAUCUCAUUCCUGACUUUGGGUAUUAUUUGCACCAUUAUCCUCAUAUAUAUGCUCUGCACAGACUGUUGGGUUAUAACAGUUCUGUACUUGGUGUGGUACGCCUUUGACUGGGACACUCCUAGAAAAGCUGGAAGACGAUCGCAGUGGAUUCGGAGCUUGGCCCUGUGGAGAUAUUUCCGUGAUUACUUUCCAAUACGAAUGGUCAAAACCCACAACCUGGCCCCCAACAGGAAUUACAUUUUUGGCUACCACCCACAUGGAAUCAUGUGCAUGGGGGCCUUCUGCAAUUUUAGCACUGAGGCCACAGGAGUGAGCCAGCUAUUCCCCGGGAUACGUCCGUACGUCACUACCCUCACGGGGAACUUCAGGUGGCCCAUUUUGAGGGACUACUUGAUGACUGGAGGUAUUUGCCCUGUGAACCGCAAUACCAUAGACUACCUCCUGUCCCAGAACGGCAGUGGCAAUGCCGUCGUCAUCGUGGUUGGGGGUGCUGCGGAGUCCUUGAACUGUGCGCCGGGAAAAAACAGGGUGACUCUGAAGCACCGGAAGGGAUUUGUGAAGCUGGCCUUAAGACACGGGGCAGAUCUCGUCCCCAUUUACUCGUUUGGGGAGAAUGAAGUCUUCAAGCAGGUCAUCUUUGAAGAGGGCUCAUGGUGCAGAUGGGUGCAGAAAAAAUUGCAGAAGUAUAUAGGUGUUGCUCCAUGCAUCUUCCACGGACGAGGUGUCUUCUUCUCCAACAGCUGGGGGUUGAUGCCGUACGCCAGGCCUGUCACUACUGUCGUUGGCGAGCCCAUCACCGUUCCCAAACUCGAUAAUCCGAGCCAGAAGGAAAUAGACUUUUAUCACAGCCUGUACAUGCAGUCUCUGGUUAAACUCUUUGAAAAGUACAAGACGAAAUUUGGCCUGACAGAGGUGGAGACUCUGGAGAUCAACUGACGGCACACGCAAUGGCGCUUCUGGUCUUAUUUGCUGGCGGGCUUGGAAAUCAGCGCCAAAAGACGUUCUUUCUGCCAGAGUCCAAUUGUUUUGUGUCCUGGUCUAUGGAAUUGGGGAAAUGAGCAUGGAUCUGUAGAAAGAUAAAAGAAGUUGUCUAACUAUUCAAACAGUAGACCUCUGUAGAAGCGGUGUAUGUUUGGCUUCUGGCAGAGCUGUGGCGCCCCAUCAAAGAGGUAAUGAGUCCCCCCACCCCACCUCAGUCACUGAGAAGGUUUGCCUUUCCCCUCUGCUGCUUAUUCAGGGAGGCACACAUUUCCCCGAGUGAGAGGCAGCGGGAAUGAAGCCAGCCAUCUUUAUGCUGGUUAGAGGCCACUGCCUCUCCAAGAGGGCCUUGCAUGGAAUGGGGACCUUCUUCACUCAAAGCAGGAGGUCCAUCAUUGACUUGUGGCCUGUCAUAGCUGCCACUAGGAGUGAAGGCAUGAGGAAAUGGAUAAGAAAUGGGGGGAAAGGGGAGUCAUUGAGUUUCACUGGCCACCUGGGUCCUUCUGCAGUAUUUGGAGUCACAUGCCCUACUGUGUUGACCCUUCUAAUCGUCCUUCUGCCUUGGGGACCUAUGUGAAUCUGGAAUUUCAAGCGUUCAGGGUAGGGUAGGCUGGAAGUGGUGGUGUGGGAGAACCCAGCUGAGCUAGUGCAGUGGUUCAACCCUCUCCCUUUGGGACUUUAGGUGCAGCUGGGUUCUGUACCUUCUGGACUAGAUUGGUUCUAGACCGGUAGGUUGUAUUCACACAAGAUGCUAAGCUUUGGACCAAGUUGGUUGUUUCUAAUGGCUUCGUGGGUUGUGUGAUCUCAGAUGGUUGGGUUAGUUGGUGGUUCAGGGUAUUGUGCAAACUCUACUGUAUGUAAAUGCCAGGGUGAGAGGUUUUGUAGCGUGAAAGGAUGGGUGGGUGAGGGGGUUGCCAUUUCUUUUUUGUGGGGGAAAUGCUUAUGCUGUGGAUAGACACCUGUUGGAGAGGUUCGAUAGGCUGCGUUUUCCCUGGUGUGCUGAAAUCUCUGCGGUUGUCCUUGCCUUUAAAGCUUCAUCGUUUUUUGCAAAUCCCACAAAGCUUUGCCCAUCCUAAAAAUGUCAACCAUCCAAAAUAAUUCUUCUUUUACCUGCUUACUGCAGCUUCGCUCUUAGAACCUCUGGCGCCUGGCAUUUCUUCUCGGCAAUUACAGCCACCUGUCUCUCCUACUUUACUUAGUUUCCAACAUGGGCACCCCCUUCCACCUCAUCCACAGCUGAAACCUAAGCCCCAAUAUGAUUGGGUUAAUGUAUGCUAAACGGUUUAACCAUGUUUAACCAUGUUUAACCAUGUUUUAUUGGGUAAACUGUAAUUGGCUGGGGGUACAUGACUUGCUGAGCCCUAAAUCAUGGUGUGUUGGGUUUUCAGAAGCUAGACCAAAACCAAACAAAUUCCAUUAUGGCCUCUUCAGGAGGAAAGGGAGCGAGUUAUGUAAUUUGCAUCAUUUCCAGUGAUGACAUGGAAUUUGAGAUGUCAUUGUGGCUUAUAUCGGAUGCCUGUGGGCUUCACACAGGUGUCAACCCAUCCCUUCAUUUCACCUUUCUCUUACCUUUGCCAUGUCAUAGCUUAGAUUGGUAAAUGCUUGGGGCGGAGAUCUGCUUUUAAAGUUUCCCUGGCUUUGCAAAGUGUGCAGAACCCCAAACCAUGAUGGUCUAUAAAUAGUUUACUGUCCAACAGGGUUUUUCCCAGUAGUACAUCCAUUAAAACAAGAGAGGCCAACCUGUGGCCCCCACAUCACCCUAAGAUUGCUCUUCCCAAAUUCAGCUGUGGAACAGCCCCAAUUUUCGCACUACAGUUUCAGGCCAUAGGGAUGCGUGGGCAAAGGGGGUUUUAAAGGUGGGAAAAAUAGACAGAAAACCUGGAUGGUAUCAUGGUGUCAGCUGACAGUUCCGUGUGGCCUUACAAAAUAUUGCCCACCCCUUUACUUAAGGGCAUGUAGAAACAUCCCUUGCGAUAUGUGUUGGCUAUCUCAGAAAGAGAGUUUAAUCUAAUCAACUCAGAUGAAACAUUGGGGGGAAACUUUUGGGCUUUCCUGUAACUUUGGCAACUUUUUAAAGAAUGCAAAAGUGAUUAUGACUCAAUUCAGCUAUAGAUGUAUAUACACUAGUUGUCCGGCAUAAUAUAUUUACUGUUUCUAAACGUUUACAUACGUGUUGACUGAUGCUUUAUAGAGGAAUAUAUUCAGAACCUAUCAUGCUGACAUAUUAAAAUAUAUUUGAAUGUUUUGCA